AUGAAAUCCACUUUGACCUCCACAUUAACAAUUGCAGUAGCGGCAGUAGCCAGUUUGGCCAAUGGUGCUGCGGUCCAGAAGGCAAGUGCUGAUAAUAACAGCACUAAUGCGGUCAAUGCUACUGAACUCGUUGAGCAGGAAAUAAUUGCCGUUGACCAAGUGAGCAGAAUCGAGACAGUAGCUAAUUCGGCUGGAAAUAGUUCUUUCGUCUUUGAUUUCCUCAAUGCACCUGAAGCAGCCGUUGUCGCAGGUGAUGCUGGUAAUAUCACCACUGCAGUCGUUUCAUCAUUUCCUGCUCUUGAAGGAACUGGCGCUGCUAUGUUUCUCUUCCAACUGGGACCAUGUGGAAUGGUUCUUCCCCACAGUCAUCCAAGAGCCUCUGAGUUUAUUGUUGUCACUGAAGGCAAGAUUUCUACUCAAUUCCUCACCGAAACAGGAUCCGAUGUGUUCUCUAACACUCUCAAACAAUACCAAUCUACUAUCUUUCCAGUUGGCUCUCUUCAUGUAGAACUCAAUCCCACUUGUGAACCCGCAAAGUUCAUUGGUGCCUUCGACAACCCUGAUCCAGGUACUUUCUUUGUUGCACCAGGUUUCUUCUCUCUUGAGGAGCAAGUUGUGUUGACUCAAUUGGGUGGCGCUGUUUCUGGAGCCGACUUGUCAUCGUUCAAGAAAGCCAUUCCUCCAGCUGGAGUUGUUGCUAUUGAGCAGUGUUUGAAGAACUGCAACAUUACUGCAAAUGCUAAGAGGGAUAUAUUAGAUAUGCUACCAGCCAAAUAG